CGCGCCGCGGGCGCGUCAUCUCCCGGCGCCGGGGGCGGCCGCCGUGCAGGAAGAUGGCGGCGGCAGACGGCGUGUUGGGGCUGGCGGCGGCGCUGCACGGGGCGCGGGCCCUGCGCUUCGGCGACUUCGUGCUCAAGAGCGGCCUCGCCUCCCCCGUCUACGUCGACCUGCGCGUCGUCGUCUCCCACCCGCUCCUGCUGACCCAGGUAGCAGAUCUCCUGUUUCAAACAGCUAAAGAUGCUGGUCUCAAGUUCGAUUGUGUGUGCGGCGUUCCUUACACAGCGUUGCCCUUGGCCACGAUCAUCUGUUCAACACAUCAGAUUCCCAUGCUUAUACGGAGGAAGGAAGCAAAAGACUAUGGAACGAAGCGGCUGGUAGAAGGCACCAUUAAUCCAGGAGAAACCUGCUUGAUCAUUGAAGAUGUGGUAACGAGUGGAUCUAGCGUACUGGAAACUGUAGAGGUUCUUCAGAAGGAAGGAAUCAAAGUCACUGAUGCCAUAGUGCUGUUGGACCGGGAGCAGGGUGGGAAGGCCAGGCUGGAAGAACGUGGAAUUCGCCUGCACUCUGUGUGCACGUUGUCCGAGAUGUUAGAGAUUCUCCAACAGCAGGGAAAAGUGGCCCCUGAGAUGGUUGAAAAGGUGAAGAAAUUCAUUCAGGAAAGUGUGUUUGAGCCUGUGACUCAGAAUGGCCUUUCCCCCAUGAAAAGAGUACGUAAAGAGCUGAGCUUCGGCGCUCGUGCUGAGCUACCUGGGAUACAUCCUGUCGCAGCCAGACUUCUCACGCUUAUGGAAAAGAAGCAAACUAACUUGUGCCUUUCUGCUGACGUCACCGACUCCAAAGAGCUGCUGCAGUUAGCUGCCAGCCUGGGCCCCAGCAUUUGUAUCCUAAAGACUCAUAUAGAUAUCCUGAAUGAUUUUACCCAAGAGGUGGUAAAGGAGUUGAGAGCACUUGCAGACCAGCAUGAAUUCUUGAUCUUUGAAGACAGGAAAUUUGCAGACAUUGGAAACACAGUGAAACAUCAGUAUGAAGGUGGUAUAUUCAAAAUAGCAUCCUGGUCAGAUGUGGUUAAUGCUCAUGUGGUUCCAGGCUCUGGAGUUGUGAAAGGUCUGAAGGAAGUAGGUCUUCCUUUACAGCGAGGCUGUCUUCUGAUUGCCGAGAUGAGCUCCCAAGGGUCGCUUGCCACUGGUGACUACACAAAAGCCGCGGUGCAGAUGGCUGAAGAAAACUCAGAUUUUGUUUUCGGAUUCAUAUCUGGAUCAAGAGUUAGUAGUAGACCAGAAUUUCUUCACUUAACUCCAGGGGUACAGAUGCAAGCUGGAGGUGAUAACCUUGGACAGAAGUACCUAAGCCCAAAAGAAGUUAUUAGCGAAAAAGGUUCAGACAUCGUUAUUGUGGGACGUGGCAUCUUGUCUGCCUCAGACCGUCUCCAAGAAGCAGAGAAGUACAGGAAGGCAGCAUGGGAGAGCUAUCUAAGCAGGCUUGGUGUUCAUGCGUAAGAUUGAAUUAAGGUCAUUUUUUUCCAGUGAAUAAGCAAAGCUCAUGCAGCAGUCAAGAUGGAGCUGAAAUCAUCAUGAGACUUUCUCCCAAUUAAAUACAUAAACACUUGGUUUUAAGUCAUAGAAAACCAUGCCCUGCUGCGGAAAUCUUUUGCUGACUCAGUUAUUUUUAAUUGUGAGCGCACACACAGACAAAAUUGUACUUGCCAUGACUGUUUUUUAAUAUUUGAAUAUAUGAAACCAAAACUUGAUACCGAUUUUUAGCCUAAUUGCUUUUCUCUACUGAAAAAUGUUGAAUGAAGACACUCCGAAGGGCGCUUGCCUGACUGUUACUGCUCUUUGUUUCUUCUUUCCACCCUCAAAUUCCUUCUGGCUGUGGAAACAGUAUUUUACUGUUCUAUGUAAACUUCACCUGCAGUACUGACCUUCUGUCCCACUAUCACAGGACUGCUUGGCUCUGCCAUUUCCAAGGAGCAAGUACCAGUCUGAAUCCCACACUGUGAAGCUGAAUAAUGUGUUGCUUAAUAAACACAUUUGCUACUGUUUUCCAUCAGCUGAAUAUGUAAGUCGUCUUUGUGUGGCAGCGUGAAAUACUGUUAAUUUUCAGAACCAGGGCAUUAUAAAAUAAGUCAUUCUGUAUGUUUGUGACUGCAGGAAUUACUCAUGAUUCUGCUUUAAGUCUGCUCUGACAAAAGUUUUUGUUAUUUUUAGUUAAUGCUCACUUAACUAAGUGCAGCUGUUGACAGGUUCCUCUAAUGAGAAACAAAAAUGCACUUGCUGUUGCUUGCGUUAUGUGAAAAAUAACUGGAAUACUUCCUGGAAUUACUUUCUACUCUUUUGGAUUGUGAAGAAGGGCAAGUGGAGAAAUGCCAUGUAUGAUGAGUUUUGAUUAAAAGGAGUGGGAUCAUCUUAA